CACAAACAGUAACAAGCUGUAGCAAUGGCUGGACGACUCAAUGACAAUGAAGUGGCUCAGGAGAUGAACAAGAUGGUUGCCUUUAUCAAACAAGAGGCACUUGAAAAGGCUCGUGAAAUCAAAGUCAAGGCCGAUGAAGAGUUCAAUAUCGAAAAGGGAAAGUUUGUUCGUCAGGAAACUGUUGCCAUUGAGGCAUUCUUUCAAAAAAAGUUGAAGCAGGCCGAAGUUUCCAGGAAAAUUGCUCAAUCCAAUCUCAUCAACAAAAACCGUCUGCGUGUUCUUCAGGCACGCCAAACUGUUCUUAAUGAAAUGUUUAGCGAAGCCAAAAGUGCAUUGAGCAAAAUUUCCGAGGAUAAGGCUACCUACCAAGAGCUAAUUAAGAAUUUGUUGUUGCAGGGUAUGUUUCAAUUGAUGGAAGCCAAGGUUACGGUGAAUUGUCGUACUAUAGAUGUUUCGCUGGUCAAGAGUGCCAUUGAGUCUGCCAAGACAGAAUACACCAAACAACUCAAGAUACCUGUUGAGAUUACUAUUGACGAGGCUAACCCACUUCCCGAAUCCAGUCACGGUGGUGUUACUCUUUCUGCUGUGGGAGGUCGUAUCAAGUGCUCCAACACCCUCGAGAGCCGUUUGGAACUUUUGCAGGAGCAAAUGCUUCCCGAGAUUCGUGUUGUGCUUUUUGGACACUCUGCCAAUCGUAGGUUCUUCAACUAAGUCAUUUUCAUUUUUUCAGAACCAUCAGAGAAACCAUGGUGCAUUUGGGUUAAAAUGGCAUUCACUGCUAGUCAAAGGUGCUACCACUAGCGAAAUUCUUGCUUUUUUAUCAUGGGCAUUUUUCUUUUCACUAUUUCCAAGACUAAUUCUCAAUGAAGCAGAUUUGAGUAG